AUGCCGUUAAACGUGGAACCGGUGGAUACCGAGGUGACCCUCUACAAUGAAAAAGAAGAAUUCUAUUUUAUGGAAUCUACCAUCUUCAAUAAGGAUGUUGGUUCGUCGGAUCAAAGACGUAGUAGAAAAUUGAAAAUCGCUGCAAAUAGUGUUGCCACUACUGCAUUUUUAAUAAAUCCCCGGCAAGUGGGUAAGAUCAGACUUCAAGUUACGGCUACAAAUUCCCUUGCCAAUGAUGGCAUCAUUGAAAUGCUUCGUGUGGAACCGGAGGGUAUUUUGAUAAAAGUUAAUGAGGCCGUAUUCAGUAAUGUCGUACCAAAUGCACCGAUUGAGUUUUCAUAUCCCAUAAAUAUUUCGGAUGCUGAAAUUAUACCCAAUUCGGAAUAUAUUACCAUGUCCGUAGUGGGUGAUAAUAUGGUACCGGUCUUACAGAAUCUGAAUGAUUUGUUACGCCAGCCCACUGGAUGUGGAGAACAAAAUAUGGCCAACUUUGCUCCAAAUGUUCUGGUGCUACAGUAUCUCAGAUCAACGGGUCAGUAUCACAAAGAACGAGAAUUGGUGGCGAAGGCAAGGCGUUACAUUGAAAUCGGAUUUCAACAACAGCUGACCUAUCGUCACAAGAAUGGUGGCUAUAGUGUGUUUGGUCAGCGUAAAGAUACGGAACCCAGUACCUGGUUGACAGCAUAUACCAUACGAUUUUUCAUCAAGUCCCUAAAAUAUACCAUGUCCAUGGAAUCGCAUAUCAUUGAAAGUGGUCUGGACUAUUUGGCCAAGGCUCAACGUGAUGAUGGUAGUUUUCCCUAUACGGGAUAUUUAAUUUAUCCCGCACAACAGAAUCGUUACGGGUUUACGGCAUUUGUGUUAAUGACUUUCAUAGAGGAACAGAAAUACGCCCGCAAUUACACAACAACCAUUGAAAGGGGUCUAGGAUUCCUCAAGGAACAUUUGGACCAAAUCAAUGAUCUGUAUGCCCUUUCCAUUAUGGCGGUGACCCUACAAAUGGCCAAAGAUAAAUCAAAUUCCAAAAAGAUUCUCGACAAAUUAUUAUCACGAAGGCAGGUGGACAAUGAUUCGAUGUGGUGGACUCAAAAUGAUCGGAACAAGGCAAAGGAUGUCGAAAUCACAGGCUAUAUCUUAAUCGCCCUCUUAGAGGCUGGUAAUGCUGAGGAAGAUUGUGGAUUCAAAUCUAGUCAGGAUACAGUGGUGGGACUGCAGGCCUUAAUUAAAUAUUCCAUGAAAUAUAAGACCGGUGGUGACAUUAAUAUCCUGCUUAACUAUACAGCAAUGGAUGGAGAUAGACAGGUGCUGGAAGUCGGUGAAAUAAUUGUGAAUGAAAAUAAUGUCAAAGUACUACAAACGGAAGAGUUACCCAAAACAACACGCUUGGUGGAAAUUCAAAUCAGCGGGCUGGGGACCUCGCUACUCCAAUUGGCCUAUCACUAUUACACCACCGGUGCUGAAACAUUUCAAUAUUUUCAAAUCGAACCCAAAGUCGAGGUCUUAAAUCCCGGAGAAAUUUCCUUGGAAAUAUGUUUCAGUUAUAUUGAACCCAACUCGGAGGCAACAAAUAUGAUUGUCAUGGAAAUAAAUCUACCAUCUGGGUACAGUGUCAACGAAGAGGAUAGCGAUUAUUUGAUGGAUAAUGAAAUUGUCCAGAGGGUCGAAACGAAAAAUUCCGCAACAACCAUUAUUGUAUAUUCGGAGAAGCUAAAGGCAAAUGUCAAGAAUUGUUUAAAUAUUUUAGCCUAUAAAAUGCAUGAUGUGGUCCAUCGUAAAGCGACUUCGAUAAUUGUUUAUGACUAUUACGAUGUUAAUCGUCACGAUACGGUCUUCUAUAAUAUUUACAAAGAAGCAGCUCAAGAUGGCAAUGAACUUUGA